UCAUAAUGGCGCCGGCGCCGCGUCGCCGACUUGUUGCUCCGCGUCCACGCGUCCCUAGCGAGUCUUGCUUCGAGUGAAUUUCUUUUCCGAGCCCUCCAAAGCGUGUUGCGUUCCGGUUGUCCUGGCUUCCCAGUGCGUCAGGUUCGCGGUGGUGUGAUCGCGACUUACUGAGCGGCGCGCCAUCGCGCCAAGGACCCGGUUUGACAGCCAGCUGGUGCAUUGUAAACAGAAAACAGCUGACGACGCUUUCAGGCCACUGCUCCCUGCGCCCCGUUUGACAACAUCGAAGCAGAAGAUCGAGAAUUUCUGAGAACGCUAUAAUGGAGCUAGUAGAUGCAUCGUUGAACUGCUCUGUGUGUCUGAAGAAGUUCUCCUCCAAAGUUACCUUGGCUAAACACUUAAGGAUUCACUCUGCUGAGAAGUCGUUUAAGUGCUCAGAGUGUCCAAAAGAGUUUCAUCGUUCUGAUGACCUAAAAUAUCAUCUUAUUAGCAAGCAUAGCAAUGAGAAAGCAUAUGAAUGCUCUGUGUGCCAGAAGCGCUUCAUCACCUCUGGGCAACUUGCGUCGCAUGUUCAGAGGCACUCUGCUGAUAAACCAUACAAGUGUUCAGUUUGCAAAAAACAAUUCGUUUGUAAAAGUGACCUUUCUAAACACACCAGAAUACACACUGUUCGAAUGUUCGAAUGUUCAAUGUGUUCGAAGAAAUUCGUUCGGCUCGCUCAUCUCAAGGUCCAUCUGCGAGCACACACCGGUGAAAGGCCGUUUGAGUGCGGCGUCUGCCAUAAACGCUUUUCGUACUCGAGAAGCCUUUCGUCCCAUUCUCGAAUCCACACGGACGAGAAGCCGUUUGAGUGUUCGGUGUGCUUCCAAAAAUUUCGAUUCUCAGGCGGUCUGCAGACUCACCUACUUACUCACACUGGCGAGAAAUCGUUUGAGUGCAGUCUAUGUCCGAAAAAGUUCCGAAGACGUGGUCACCUCGAAAAUCACCUAAGAAGGCACUCGGAUGAAAAACCGUAUGAGUGCUCCGUAUGCCAAAAACGUUUUAGUGUCGCUGACGGCCUGAGGAACCAUUGUCGAAUCCACACUGACGAGAAACCCUUUGAAUGUUCAGUGUGUGGCACAAAAUUCCGUACCUCAACCGACCUCCAUCGUCACCAGAAAACGCACACAGGUGAGAAACCUUUUGAGUGCAGUCUGUGCUCGAAGAAGUUCCGUCGCAGCAGCCAUCUCAAACAACACCUUGCAAGGCACUCUGAUGAAAAACCGUAUGAGUGCUCCGUAUGCCAAAAACGUUUUAGGGUCGCUGAAGACCUGGCCUCCCAUUGUCGAACCCACACUGACGAGAAACCCUUUGAAUGUUCAGUGUGUGGUAGAAAAUUCCGAACCUCAACCCAGCUCCAUCUUCACCAGCGAACGCACACAGGUGAGAAAUCUUUUGAGUGCAGUCUGUGCUCGAAGAAGUUCCGUCGCAGCAGCCAUCUCAAACAACACCUUGUAAGGCACUCUGAUGAAAAACCGUAUGAGUGCACCGUAUGCCAAAAACGUUUUUAUGUCGCUGAAGGCCUUAAGAACCAUUGUCGAAUCCACACUGACGAGAAACCCUUUGAAUGUUCAGUGUGUGGUCGAAAAUUCCGAACCUCAACCCACCUCCAUCUUCACCUGCAAACGCACACGGGUGAGAAAUCUUUUGAGUGCACCGUGUGUUCAAAGAAAUUCGGAAGACGUGACCACCUGAACUUCCAUCUGCAGACGCAUGCUUAUCGUGAAAGGUCGUUUGAGUGCACUGUGUGCCUGAAAUCUUUUACCCGCAACGAGUACCUGGCCAUUCACGCUCGAAUUCAUGUUGCUGAUGACCUGAAACCCCAUGAGUGUUCCGUGUGUGGAAAGAAAUACUUAAGCACAGGUCAACUAAACGCCCACGUCAAGGUCCAUUCGAAACUGUUCCAGUGCGAAGAAUGCUCCAAGAGAUUUGGGACGUUGGCGCACCUUAAAAGGCAUCUCUUGACGCACACUUCCUCGCGUCACAGAAUUUCCACUCAUUUCACAUUUUUAUGCACCGAGUGUGGGAUCCGGUAUGACCGGCGGGAUGCAUUGUUAAGUCACUUGUAUGAACAUCUCAAGAACUUCUGAGUUGUUCCCACGCUGUUUCUGUGAAAAUCUUGUCAGUGUCCCUCUUGUCAUUAAGUUAAAGUAUUGAGCUAGUUGUAGAAUAACCCUAAUAAAGAAUUGUAAAUAUAGUUA